AAAAUACUGUAUGCCAAAAGGCUACGAUAUUCAAGAACAACAGAUUAAGUACAAAUCUAGAAAUGGAUGAGUAUCGGAAGGAAGCCCAGGCUGCCCGGGCCAAGGCAGAGAAAAUAGAGGCAAAAUGGACAGAGCACUGCGCGGUCUACCGCCAACUCUAUGCAAAAUAUGAUGGACUGCUGAAGGCUGCGAAAGAGGCCGAUGAGCAAGCCCAGGCCAAGAUCCAACAGCUGGAGGCCGAGAACGCCCGGUCGGUUGAGGAAAUCGCUCGGCUGGGAGACGAGCUGGCCAAAGAGCAAUCAGAGCGUGCCGCCGUUGCUGCUGCCUGGGCUGCUCAAGCGCCUGAGGAGUUCGCCGCUAAGGCGCUACCUGACCGGGAGACAGCCAUCCGCAUCUUCCAAGGGCUAUACAAGCACAAAGUCUCGGCCGGGAUCGUCGACGAGAUCGGGACCUUUGGCUUUGAGAGCGGUCAGUACGCCAAGCGAUGGACCCUCUAUGGCAUCCUUGAGCAAAGGGUCCAAGGUUUUCAACCCAAGGUUCUCUCUCUGCCCGAGCUACAUGAUGAGGAGCCGGUCCCUCCAUUCCCGGGAAUCUGAUCCCCUUGGCCUUCUUCUCUUCUAUUUUUGUUUUUAUGUAAUUUUAGAUGUAAUGAUCUGCCUCCGGGCACUUUUUUGUAAGACAUCUGAAUAUUAAUGAAAGUGUUUUCAAUAU